UCGAGACGCUGUAGUCUGGUUGGCUGUUCCAUAUAUUUAGCAGUGAGGAGGGGCUCACCCCUGUUACUUUAGAAAUUCAGGAUUAUUUUUAGUUGCCCGCCCUUUUCCAUUCGCUAAAUGCUGGUCUGGUGAAUUGUUCCUAGCACGGUUCCAGGAUUAGGAUAGUCGGAAGUUUUCUGCACUUCCUACAUUUGCUGAUCGUCCUUUCUUCCGCUCGGAUCUAAGCAAGGGGAAUUGACAUUUAAAGGGGAAAUGCCUGUGUCAUUUCCGUGAUGAGUGACACUUCGUUCUCCUCGGUCCCUGCAUUAGAGCUUUGGGGGAAAAAAAUGGAGUGGCCUUCUGCUGUGCAAGCUUCACUAUGAAUAAAACUGAUCAGCUUUAAAGGAAAUCUGGAAACCUCAGCAUUGCUACUAUUUAGUAGCAUUUAACCAGCAACCAUGAGGUUGUUUUUUAGGAAACGCUUUGGUCCAGUCAAACUUGCCAUGGUCAGUAUAAUAUUCAUGAUCUUUAUAUUCAUACUUCAAAGAGAUAUUGUUAAACGAAGCCCAAAGGAUGACUCUUGGUUCAAAGACUUGUCAGGCGGAAAAGACCGUAUGCUGGGAAUUAUGUUUGGUGCAGUGAACAAUAUCCGAGAUUCGAUGCCCAAGUUUCAGAUCAUUGCUCCAGAUCGAGGUCAAGAGCUUGUUGACGACAGCAAGUCCUGUUUACCAGGGUUUUACACCGGAGCAGAACUGAAGAUCUUUCUUCCUCGCCCUCCUGAGGAUCCCAACGCGCCUGGUGCUGAUGCAAAGGCAUUCCAUACGGACAAUCUCACUCCAGAACAACAGGAGGAGAAAACACGUGGCAUUGACAAGCACUGUUUCAAUGCCUACGCCAGUGACCGCAUCUCCUUGCACAGGACCCUUGGACCAGACACACGGCCUCCAGAGUGUAUUGAACAAAGAUUCAAGCGUUGCCCUCCUCUACCUUCAACUAGUGUGAUUAUAGUAUUCCACAAUGAGGCCUGGUCCACUUUGCUGAGGACAGUGUACAGUGUGAUGCAUAGCUCUCCAGCCAUACUCCUAAAGGAGAUCCUAUUAGUGGAUGAUGCCAGCACAGAUGACUAUUUAAAAGAACAGCUGGAUGAAUAUGUAAAGCAGUUCCGGAUAGUGAAGGUUGUCCGACAACUGGAAAGGACGGGAUUGAUAACUGCAAGAAUCUUGGGGGCUCGUGAGGCCACUGGAGAAGUGCUGACCUUUCUUGACGCUCACUGUGAGUGCUUCAAUGGCUGGCUGGAACCUUUACUGGGAAGAAUAGCUGAAAAUUACACUGCCGUGGUAAGCCCUGACAUCACUACCAUUGAUCUCAAUACCUUUGAGGUAACCAAACCUGUCCGGUAUGGAAGGCAGCACAAUCGGGGUAAUUUUGACUGGAGUUUGUCAUUUGGCUGGGAGGCCAUUCCAGCUCAUGAGAUAGAAAGAAGAAAAGAUGAAACCUAUCCCAUCAAGACUCCCACGUUUGCCGGUGGCCUCUUUGCGAUCUCCAAAGCUUACUUUGAACUGAUUGGAACAUACGACAACCAGAUGGAAAUAUGGGGAGGAGAGAAUGUGGAAAUGUCAUUCAGGGUCUGGCAAUGUGGUGGGCAGUUGGAAAUCAUUCCCUGCUCGGUGGUGGGCCAUGUGUUCCGUACCAAGAGCCCUCACAGCUUCCCGAAAGGUGUGCAGGUAAUUGCCCGCAACCAAGUGCGCCUGGCUGAGGUCUGGAUGGAUGGCUACAAGGAGCUGUUUUACAGGAGGAACCAGCAAGCACAGAAGAUGGCCCAAGAGAAAACUUAUGGAGAUCUUUCUGAAAGGUUUCAGCUGAAGGAGCAUUUAAAAUGCAAGAACUUUACAUGGUAUCUGCAAAAUGUGUAUCCUGAAAUCUUUAUACCUGACUUUUCUCCAGUGCAUUACGGGGCGAUUAAAAACCAGGGAGCAGGAAAUUGCCUGGAUGUUGGGGAAAACAAUCACGGUGGGAAACCUCUGAUAAUGUACCCAUGCCAUGGAAUGGGAGGCAAUCAGUAUUUCGAGUACACAACCCAGUCUGAAAUACGCCACAACAUCGGGAAGCAGUUGUGUCUUCAUGCUGUGUAUGGUCCAGUUCGUUUAGAGCCAUGUAAAUACAAAGGGAAGGAUACACGAGUGCCAGGAGAGGAACGCUGGGAACUUUUAAAUGGCAAUCUAAAAAAUUCUGCCACAAAUCAGUGCUUGACUGCAUCAGGCCAGAACCCAGCCAUAGCCCUGUGCAACUCUGCAGACCCUUACCAGCAGUGGUCUUUCAUCUAGUGCCACCAAGGGAGGAGCUGCCCCUGAGGAAGCAUUCGAAUCGUUCUGAGUGGACAACACUGAAGUGGCCUGAUUUAAAAGCCAGCCUUUCGCUAUUAAACCUUCGUGUGAUUGUGGAUUUUGCCUCUGUCAAGAGCAAAUCACUCAUUCGUGGUCUUUUAAAGAAAUCUCGUGGAUUGAAAGAAUUUCUGCAAUAUUUUUUCAAGUUUGAAAAAUUUUGUCCAAUUUGCUCUGGAAUUGCAGCAGUUAUCCCCUUCUAAGUAUUUUGUAUUUUUAAAAUUUAUCUUCCCCACCGCCCUUUAAAAUUUAUUUUCCUCACCGCCCCUAUCUUUAAAAAAUAAUUUCAUUUGCACUAGAAAGAGUGCAUUAUUAGUUUUCGGGAACCUCCCCAUAUUCAGGAAAACGUAAAUGUCAGAUUUAGCUGGAUUUUGACAUAAAUUGAAUCGGUUCUAUUUACCACUUUUAUUCUGCAUGUGACCCAAAACAGGGCAGUAACAAAGUCUGAUACCAUCUGAGCAAUGCACUUUCAUCUUUUAGGUGGCAAGAAGUGAAUGGGAAUGAAUUGGACUGUCAGCUCAAUGUGGUCCAAUUCAUUUACUUCUGAACCUGUUAAUGGGGAAAAAGGGAGUUGGGAGAUUGUUAUCUGAAAUCAUGUCUUGAUAUUUUCCUUGGCCAAAUGUGGCUGAAAAUUCCUGUUGAGAUUGAAAUUCCUCAAAUUUUGGUGUGGGGAAUUAUUUCAAACAUAAUCAUUCAAAAUUAAUUCAAAUUUGGUGAAGUUCAUUAUCUUUGAAUAGUCUCAACCAUUCCAUGCUGCCUGGCACCUCAAUAAAUUCCUUAAACACCAUGAAAUACUGAGUGCAGCACCAGGAAUAUAAUUAUGUGGGAUUCCUGGUGCUAGAUGCUGCAUAAGUUAAAUAGAGUUUGCUAGUAAAUGGAAAAUGUGCCAGUCAGUUCCCUGAAUGGUGAAUGCUCAACCCCAGCCAGGCUGCCAGAGAGACAAAUGCAAGGAAGGGGUUUCUCCCAAAGAGGAGAAGGAUUGGGAAGGGGAAUCCAUUGCUCCUGGAACAGAGUACUGAAAAUUUGGGCUUGGAUCUUGAUCUGGUCUGUAUAUCCUUGGCUUAGAAUGGUACACUUUUUAGAUUGGAACAGUGGUAAAUUCAAAACCAGUUUGUCAGUUUGGCUCUGAAGGUUGUGGGUUCAACCUGCUCCAGGGCCUUUAGUAAAUAAUCUAGUUUGACAGUGCAGCACUCCCUCAGUACUACUGGGGGUGCUGUUUUUUGGGUGAGAUCUUAAACUGAGGCCCCAUCUGCCCUCUCGAAUCCAUGUAAAGGGUCCUAUUAUUUGGUCAUUUAUCUCGUUGCUGUUUGUGGGAGUUUGCUGCAUACAAAUUAGCUAUUUUAUGGCAGUGAUGACACUUCAAAUGUAACUUAUCGGUUGUGAAAUUUUUUUUGAUGUGAAAAGUGCCAUAUAUAAAUGCAAGUUUGUUCAUUCCAUUUGGAGCUCAACUAUGAUGAGGUAUCAACAUCUAUCAUCACAGUAUGUUUGUGAAAAUCCAAGUUUUGAAGUUGGCAAUUUGGCACAGUAUAUCUAUAUGCCAGGGCACCACCCUGUAAGAUGGCAGGCAAUAACUAUUUUCCUGCGAGGUUAUAAAGCCCCUCAAACAUUCACCAGGGAGACAUAUGAACUGGAAAGGCAUUUCUCCUGGAGGCAGCGGGUAAGAGUGUGUCGCCUUGGAAAAUUGUAAGCAAGGGAAUGAUGUUGGCACAAGGGUUGUAGAGGGCAGAAGGACCAUGCUAAAGGGGACCAGAAGAAACAUUAAAGUUCCUUGAAUCACUUUUUUUAUCCAGGUGAAGCUCCACCAGCAGAAAUUUGGUGACACGGGUGUUUUGGUUUUUGAUAGUUUUCAAUUAGUACAAAUUAUGAAUCUGCUAAAAGAUAAUCUAUCAAAUGAGAAGGAAGUAUUAAAGGAGAAAGUAUAACCCUAAACAAUGAUUGAGUUCUUUGUCUAGGUCUUGUGAAUGGGCAGCUCUGAUGCUGUUGUAGGUGUCAGAAUUUGCCUAUAGAUCACUGCUGCCCUUGAACUGUGUGCGCUGCGUUGUUGUCAUGUUCAGAUGGUACUAGGUUGCUUCUUGGAGGGAACUUCCUUACUCCAGUACUUUCUUCAUUAUGGUUGACAUGAAAUGUUUGUAACAAAGGACUGUAACUUGUGGUUACAUCACCACAUCUGGAAGAUUUAUACCAAUGCAAAUGUGCAUUGUUCUCACUACGAUCUAGGCUGCAUGCUCCCCACACUGACUGACUCAGCAAGUGGGUCCAGUGAGCAGUCCCAGGUUUGUAUCUUUGUUGGGGUGGCAAUAGGAGCACUACAAUUGAGCUGAAUGCUUCAGGCUUGAAAUAUCCGCAAUUCCCGCUUCUGAUCCCAACUAAAUGAUCUGCACAAGUGUGGGCAGAAUCAGGAUUAGCACCAGUGAAACAGCCUGCCAACACUCACCAUCCAGACUUGGACAUAAUUUCUACUUAUAUGAGAUGUCAGAGGGUGGCUGGUGCCUGCGGAACAUGCCCCAGCGUGGGAGUCAAGACCUAAUAGAAGGGCUGGAAAGGAAACUGGCAGGGGAAAAUUAAAAUCAAAAGUGUGCAUUUAAAAUCUGUGCCCAGUCACGAUGCACUGACCAACAAAUGAGCACGAUGGAGCAUGACAGCAACCUAGUUCACUGUUGCAAUUGGAUUUGUGUUUGAGCAUAGUUGACAUUGUAUCUUGAAUAUAACCGGAUGUGAGGCAGCUUUAACAUUAAAUUAUUGUAGGCACGUUACAAUCAGUGUCUUCUCAAAGCUACAGUACUGCUCCGGAAUGUCUAGGUCUUUUCCAACCAAUCGGUCCAUGAAGAGUUCUGGCAUUGUCAAAAGUGUUCUGUCUGAGAAAAGCAUCUGAACCAACUUUACGGGUAAACACGGACUGUUUUUUUCUUGAGUUACAUUGCACCCAGCUGCAUUUCCACAGAUGAGCGAGAUCAGCAAAAGUGGGUCUGUAUAUGAGAGUUGUAUAACUUAAGAUAAUUGAAAUACUUACAAUCAAUUUUGCACAUUGAGCUGUAUAUGUGUGUUAACAGCACAGUUGCAAUGGGUUUCAGGUUCACUUUGGAUUACUGUAUCUAAAAUCCCUAAGCUGUAAUAAUUGAGGAUUUGCAAAGGUAGCUGUGCUGAGCCCAAUUAACUGCAAGAGGCUGUUUUGACUCUCGGUUAGGGAUUUCCCAUUUUAACUUUUUCAUAUUUUGGAUUGAUAAACUGUAUAUUUUUCUAAUCUUUUUCAAUUUUCGAAUACUCUUACUUGUAGAAUGCUUUGCUGUGUGGUUGCACUUCUGCACAUGUGGCAAUGCUAUCUCACCAGUAAGCAAGCACCAAAGAACCUCUGUCCUCACCCUACAGUAUCAUGCUAGUAAUAAGUCAUGAGGGUGAUCAUCCUAUACCACAGUGAGCCUAAAGUUACUCUUCCUGGACUAACUUGCAAUAUACCCAACAACACUGCAAUCAAUGGUCAAUCUAAUCAUCUAUCCCAUGGGCUGUUUAUAUUCUACUUAGUUUGCUUUAUACGAAAUAAUUGGUGGUGGUAUCUGGCUUAGAUGUCAAAUAUACUUAGUUCUUGAUCCUGGCCUAUUCAGACAGGAUUUGGAAGAUCUCCAAAGGGCAGAAUGUUGCUAUUGCACCAAUCUUCACCACCCCACCAUCACCUCAUGCUGAUUUUCAGUUGAAUACUGCUUUUGGAUGUCUGGAUGAUAUUCUAAUUCCUAAAUCUGAGAUCUAACUCAGUAGAACUUUAACCCUAUUUUCUUUUUAGUUCUAAAGAAUUCAUUCUACACUUCACUGCAGGCAGCUCUCUAAUUGUUCUUGCUGUAUGCUUAUUGUGCAGACCACUGUCUGCAGCAAAGUAUAGACCAUUCUUUUAAAAAUGUAGGAAAGGGGGUUAAAUAAUUAGAAAAUUUAGUAAAUUGUCAGGUUGAUUUGCUACAUUAAGAAAUUCUUUUAAAGGAGCAAGGCAAUGCCCCAAAGACUCGGUGAAUAAAUGUGCUACCCACUGCAGUCGAGUCAUAAAGAUCAGGAAAGGCCUGAGUUCAAUUCCCACUUUGUGCUUCAUGAGCUGGGUCAAGAGUCAGGGCACUAUGAUUAAUUUCAGUGGACAAGGGAGAGGAAAAUCGCCCUGGAUCCCUGCUCUUCACUGAUGUCCUGGCUAAUACUUAUCCUUUAAUCAACACCUAAAAUAGAUCUCUGGUCAUUCAUUGUAUUGCUGUUUGUGCGACCUUGCUGUGUGCAUAUUGGUUGCCACAUUUCUUACAUUCCAACAAUGGUCACACCUCAAAAGUAAUUAAUUGACUGUAAAGCACUUUGACCAGACAGUGAAAUGAAAGUUUAGUGAGCCCUGCUGGAAGCAUUGCAUUUAUUCCAGAGUGAUGAGUAUGGAUAUUUGAGCGUUCCCAUUGGCACCCAUUGAUCCAUAUUCCAGCAUAAGUCACUAUUGGGCUAUGGGGAGAAAAUUGGAGGAAGAAAAAGCACAGAACUGGAAUUGAACUUUUCCCUAAAGGCUUCUUUCUUAAUUAGCAGCUGUAACUGUUCCUGUUAAAUACUGUUUCCUACUAUCAAGCACUUCUGAACAUUGUUUUUUUGCCUUAUCUAAUUUUGAACAAAAUUUAAUGCGAAAAUAAAAUCAAUGCUCCAA